AUGGCCAGCCCGCACGGUGCACCGAGCACCCUGGCGCCCCGGGAUGCAAGGGAGGCGAGCGUCAGUGCAGAUGCGAUGCUGGACUCGCCAUACUCAGGCGAUGAAGGGUCAAAUGCCCACGGCGUUUCCUCCUGUCGCUGGAGGACGGCCGAGUUCCACGACCAGGAGUGCGAGCGGUACUUUGACUGCCCCUCUCACACCGUUGAGAGGCGGCUUUCUGUCGAUGACAUCGCUGGACCCAGCGACCAAGGCGCGAGUGAGACCACCGCCGAGGCGACAGAACCUCGACAGGAUAGCGGCUCCCCACGAGCUUCGUUAGACGACUCUCCAGCAUCACACCACGACGACACGACGACCGAGCCACAACAGAGCGAGGGAGCUCCCGUCUCGGACCCUGCCGUGCCGCUAUCGGGCAUAUCGUCUGGGCUCGCGGCCGAGAGAGAGGGAGAGAGCUCGACAAGCUCUGUGCCGGCGAACGCAGUGUCUUCCCCUUCCAGAUUCUCGUCUUUGCCCAUCCGCACCCGCGUUCCCUCGAGGAGCAUCGACUUGCGAUCGAGCGAUUUCGGCAGCAACGGCUGGGGCGAGUCCUCCGAUCAGGGCAGUCGGGCGUAUACUGCUAGCGCAUCGGCCGGUGACCUGUCAGAGAGCAGCUCACCCAGAAUGUCUGCGCGAGAUCAGCUCUCCGCCGUCUAUGGCAAUGAUACGAACCAAAGCGGCCUGCUUGAGACCUUGUUUGGACCGGCAGAGCGAGAGCGCGAACGCGAGCCUGAGCGAGAUCGAGACUUGGAGCGCACAGAGUCGGCCGUCGUCCUUCCUAGGUGGCAGCCAGAUGCCGAGGUCACAUACUGCCCCAUCUGCCGCACUCAGUUUAGUAUCUUUGUGCGCAAACAUCAUUGCAGAAUCAUCAUUCCGCACCAGUUCAUUGUCCGAGCGCCAGGCACCGAGGUGCCGCUGCCUCCGGCGCUGCUCUACGACAGCACAGGCGGAGGCUACAUUGAUAUCAAUGGGCUCUCGGGGGGCGAGCGGGUGCGCCUCUGCAACCCUUGCGUCCCGGAUCCCAACACUGCGCCGCCCCAAAGUCCAGAUUCUCCAGCUCUAUCGCCGCGUGCUUCACGACGCAGGUCCCGGGCCAGCAUGGGUGGCGGCUAUCCUACUUCGCCUGGUCCGAAUCGAUACGGAGGAGUCUUCUCAGCCGGUCAGAGCAAUGACCCCUAUCAAGCUUAUACCUCUAGGACAAGGAGUAUCACAAUGGACCCCUCUGGACAAAGACCAGGUGGUGCUUCGUCAUCUGCCUCUUCUUCGCGAAGGCGCAGCAGUGCCAACUAUGAAGCGGCGUCCAUCGGCCGGCUGAUGGCGGCCGGACCAUCCCCCUUUUCCAUGCCGAACCAGCACCACAUUCAUCGGCGUCGUUUUGCAGGUGAGUCUGGCGGUUCAUCGUCACGACAGCGCGCGUUGCCCCCUCCCCCUCAAAUUCCGGAGGAGGACGAAUGCCCCAUCUGCCAUCUGGAGCUUCCCUCACGGGAGCUGCCCAACUUCGAGGCUCUGCGGGAGUCGCACAUCACCGCCUGCAUCCAAUCGCACAGCACGUACGGCAGCCCUCGUGUAGCAGCAGAUGGCAAUACACCACCACCCCCUCCCAGGCGCACCGGCAUGUACACAUAUGCCGCCACGGAGAAGGACUGCAUUGACGAUGCAGAGUGCACGAUUUGCUUGGAGGAGUUCACCGUGGGAAUCCCCAUGGCACGACUUGAAUGCCUUUGCCGGUUCCACCGGUCUUGUAUCUCAGCCUGCAUGGCGUUUCCUUGGGCCCGCCAUAUUGACGAUGGGUUGAAACCAGGAUUCUUCACGUCUUACAGCAGCACCCAGUUUGGAUGCUUCUACCCCGCAGUCAUGACCAAUGGCCAAGAAUCUACUCUUUGGGACAAACCUCGCCUUGAUGUCUGGGCCGUUACUAUCAUCUUUCUCUUGACACAUCUGAAACAAAUCGUCAACUUGCAUGCUCGUGACCGCCUGCCUCCCUCUAGCUUCUAA